UAGGAAAAAAGUAUAAACUGUAUAAUAGUUUGCAAGUUACAACUUGAACAAGAACCGGAGGACGUGUAUUCCACAAUGACUAAAAGUCAACUAGCUUUGCCUACAAUUACAUUUAGAAAUUAGAACAAGCUUUUUUGUACCAAUAUAUUUAUCCUCCUUAAAAAUCAAGAACAACCAACAAACAGAAACCAAUCUCUUCUUCUUCUUCUUCUUCUUCUUCUUAAGUUAUGCAGAACAAACAUUUUAGCCAUGUUCACGCCCUGGUUCAUCACCAAAUCCCCCAAGAUGAGGAAACUCAAUGUUCCGGCUGCAAACUUCCGGCGUCCGGCAAAGCCUACGCUUGUUUGGAAUGCAACUAUUUCCUUCACGACCAAUGCUUUCAGGCAAGACGAUCUUUAAGACACCCUUCCCACCCUUCUCAUCCUUUGAUGUUAUCUUCAUGUCCAACUUAUCCCACCAAUUCCUUCAAUUGCAACAUUUGCAAUCUCGUCGGAAAUGGCUUUUCUUAUUGCUGUUCUGAAUGCGAAUUCGACCUUCACGUCCACUGUGCUUUAAAACCCAAUCCAACUCCUCCUAAUUAUUCCAUGCCUCCAAAUCCCCCCUUUGUUUCUCCUUACCCCGAUUAUUCGAAUUUUAAUCCUGGAGGAAGGCCAGGUUUCAAUCCUCCACCGUCAUCAAUUCCGGCCCAACAAGCUCAAAACUUUAAUCCUAAUAAUGCCAACUUUCCUUCGAUUUAUGAUAUUCAGGAAGCUAACCGAGCAGCUGAGGCAGUUGAUGCCGCUUAUGCUCGAGCUCGUCUAGAAGCUAGAGGGAGAGUCUAUGCGCUCAAUUUGAUAUAGAAAAUGUGAAAUACUUCCAUUAAAACAUAUUCAUAUACCUCUGAGAUUGAGAUGGUUUGGUUUUAUCAAGAUAUUGUAAAGGUCGUUUAUUUUGAAACGUAGCUCCACAUGGUGUUGUAUCUAUAUAUAUGUGUAAUAAGAAUUUUAAAGUGUGCUCAAUUUGGCCAUUUUUUUGUUUCCUUGUUUACUUUGAGCAGAUGUAUUCUUCUUCCCUUACAUAUUUGGAAAGUGGAAAUAAUGUUUGUGUCUCGUACCUGUUAUGGUUACAUUGCGAUAGUCACUCACCACAAGGAGUAAGUUAAAAGUUUUGAAGUUAAUUACUGUUGAAUUUGUUGGUCUCUUUUCUUUUCUUUUUUCUCUAAUAUUAUUUAGUUACACAUUUGAUUUUAACUAAAAAAGGGGAUCACGGCUGACCAAUAACUUGAUGGAUUAAACUUGAUCUAUCUAAUCGUUGGUUAGCCCAAGGCUGUUAAACAUCUAGCAGUACCAGAAAAAGACAAUAUGGAAUAAGACUUUUGUUAUUGUUAAAACAAAUACUAUCUCCAUUUUUUUUUAUUUGUCGCAUUAGGCUGAAUUCAAACAAAAAAAAAAUUUAUCUGUUGCACUCCAUUUCUAAUGUAGCAUUAAAUACAAUUUUUUCAAUAUUACCAUUAUCU